AUGCUCUUCUCGAGAACACUGCGAGGUGUAAUCCCAACUCGCAGUCUUGCACGUCCCGCGACAUCCUUCCGACGUCUUUCUCCUACUCUGUCACCGCGUUUCAUGUCUCACCACGCUGGGGAAUCGACUCUUCGACCGGAACCGGACAAAGUCUUGCAGGACAUUGCAGACUACGUUCACAACUACAAAAUCGACUCCCCGCUUGCAUACGAGACUGCCCGGCUCUGUCUCAUUGACACAAUUGGUUGCGGACUCGAGGGUUUACGCUUCCCCGAAUGCGCAAAACUUCUUGGUCCGGUAGUUGAAGGCACCGUUGUUCCGAAUGGAACCAAGGUGCCGGGGACGAAUUACCAGCUUGAUCCUAUUCGUGGUGCAUUCAACAUUGGGACUAUCAUUCGUUGGCUGGACUUCAACGACUGCUUCUUGGCUGCUGAAUGGGGUCAUCCAUCGGACAAUCUCGGCGCUAUUCUCGCUGUUGCCGACCACCUCGCAAGGCAAGGGCAGUCCCUGACUGUGAAAGACGUUCUCGAAGGCAUGAUUAAGGCACAUGAAAUCCAGGGAUCUCUUGCGCUGCUUAAUUCGUACAACCGCGUUGGUCUCGACCAUGUUGUCCUCGUCAAAGUCGCGUCAACGGCUGUGGUCUCGAAGCUGCUGGGUCUGACACGUGACCAAACCGUGGAUGCAGUCUCUCAAGCGUGGGUUGACGGCCAAUCGCUCAGGACAUACCGUCAUGCGCCGAAUACUGGUCCCCGUAAGUCAUGGGCUGCCGGUGACGCCUGCUCGCGGGCAGUCAAUCUCGCUCUUUUGGUCAAGAAGGGCGAAAAGGGCUUGCCUUCCGUACUUACCGCCAAAACCUGGGGCUUUUAUGAUGUUUUGUUCAAGGGCAAACCUUUCGAAUUCCAGCGUCCUUAUGGCUCGUAUAUCAUGGAGAAUGUUCUAUUCAAGAUCUCCUACCCAGCAGAAUUCCAUGCUCAAACUGCCGUUGAGGCUGCCCAUAUCGUCCACAAAAAACUCAAGGGCCUGGGCAAAACUGCCGAAGAUAUCAAGAGUGUCCGCAUUCGCACACAAGAGGCGGCGGUUCGCAUCAUUGACAAGCAGGGACCUCUCGACAACUUCGCCGACAGGGACCACGCCAUUAACUAUAUGGUCGCUUACCCACUUAUCUUUGGUGAAUUGACAUCCGAGAGCUACACCGACGCAUCUGCUGCUGAUCCUCGUAUUGAUGCUUUGCGGGCCAAAAUCUACUGCGUUGAAGAACCUCGCUUCAGUGUUGACUACCACGACCCUGAGAAACGGUCAAUUGGCAAUGCGCUCUUGGUCGAACUCAACGACGGAACGAUGCUCGAGGAAGUUGAGGUCGAGUAUCCCGUUGGCCACAAGCGGAGACGUGAAGAGGGUACCCCGUUGUUGAUGAACAAGUUCCGCAGGCAUAUCUCCCACCAUUUCGAGGAGGCACACCAGAACAAGUUAUUGGAGAUCGUCUCGGACGCUUCGUCGUUAUCGAAGAUGCCGGUCGACAAGUUUACCGACUUGUUCGUCAAGCCUUGA